AUGGAAAACGAUUCAUUACCAUUAUUAUCAGAUGUAAAUGAACGUUUUCGUCGUAUACGUGAACUUGGUUCUGGAACAUAUGGACAUGUCUUAUUAGCAUUUGAUCGUGAUUUACAACAACGUUGUGCAUUAAAAAUUUUACCAAAAUCAACAACAAAAUAUCGUGAUUUUCAACGUGAAUAUAAUUAUUCAUUAUUAUUAUCACCACAUCGUUCAAUAAUAAGUACAUAUGAAGAUCGAUGUUAUCAAACAGCAGAUGCAUUUGUUAUUGUGCAAGAAUAUGCACCAUUAGGAGAUUUAUUUGAAUCUAUACCACCACAACGUGGUCUACCUGAAAAAGCUGUUAAAACGAUUAUGAAACAAGUUGCUUCAGCACUUGAAUUUAUGCAUGAGAAAGGAUUGGUUCAUCGUGAUGUUAAACCAGAAAAUGUUAUGAUAUUUGAUGCAGAUUUUCAUAAAGUUAAAUUAAUCGAUUUUGGUAUGACAAGAAAAUGUGGUUCAUAUGUACGACGUUUAAUUGGAAGUAUACCUUAUUCACCUCCAGAAGUAUGUAAUGCUCUUAAUAAUGAUAUACUUGUUUCAACAGCUAUGGAUGUCUGGGCAUUUGGUGUAUUACUUUUCUGUUGUUUAACAGGUAAUUUUCCUUGGGAACAUGCACAAGAAUCCGAUGUUUAUUAUAACGAAUAUAUACAAUGGCAUCGACGUUAUCAAUUACAACGUCGUUGUAAAUUACCAUCACAAUGGUUGAAAUUUACUAAUCGUUUAAUGAGAUUAUUUAAAAAAAUGCUUGAUCCUGAACCAUUAAAACGAUGUACAAUAACUGAAAUAGGUAAAUAUUAUGAUAAUAGAUGGAUGCAUGAUAAUAUUCAUCGUCGACGUUUAUCAAAUGAAGAUGAAGGUGUUGAAGAAGAUUUUUCAUCAUCAGGAAGUGGUAUUGAAAGUAAUACAAUAACAACAAGCUCAACAAGUAAUACUGAUUUUGAAGAAUUAACACAAAUGAUGAGAAAUUCUCUAACUACAUUUGAUCAUUUAACAUCUAUUGAUAAUCAAAAAAAAUUAUCAACAAAACUUGUGUCUUGA